GAGGGAAGCAGUGUUCAGUCCUGGGAGUUCCGCCUCGAAGUUGCUAGGGAGAUCGGUUCCUUCCUCAGACGGGCCGUCGAAGGUGGCAACCUUGGAACCUCUGGAAGGCAGAAGGUGACCUUGAAAAGCCGCCUCUACAUCAUCGUGAAGGACCGCUCUGGGAACCUCUACACCGACCCCGUGCGCAUCGAGAGAACUUGGCGCUGUGCAAAGGCUUUGGUGGAGAAAGACGGCCUGAUGUCCGAAGAAAGUGAGCAGGACGAGGGCGUCAACGUCCGGGACGCCUUUGUGUUCAAGGAAGGCCGGACAAAUAGUUUUUACAAGGUUGGCUCCCUGGCUGGCUCCGUGGCUGGCGAGAGCAGCGCUAUCAUCUGCAUUGCUGAGCUGGGCGGCCGUUGCAUCGUCGCUGUGCCUGGCAACGUUUGGUCCAAGAAGGUUGCCAAGCGGAGGCUCGAGAAGACGGCCCUCGGGAAAGCCAUCAGCAUUGACCUGGUGGCUAGCUCCUUGGCUGAUCUUGAGAACCCCUUGCCAGAGGUCCUUAUAAAAGCAUGGGUCGGCGUCCUGUCGAUGCACGACGAGGCCAAGGUCGAGUUCAGCAGCCAAGUGCCCACCUACAACUUCGGCGAGGGCAUCCUUCCUUAUGCCGAAGCCCUGGUGAAAGUGGCCGACGACCAGUUCGCCUUUACCACGGCGGAGUCUGGUGGAGGGGGCGACGGGAUAUUCAAACGGAUGGCCGUCGUAGAAUCUGGGUUGGCCGACAUGCGCGAGAUGCUGCAGACCCUGGUUGGACAAAAGGCCGGGGCAGCUGGGACUCCGAGCAUGGGGGCAAGACCGAAGGCAUCGUCGACUGGUGGAAGGAAGGCUGCUGCUGGAACGACGCCGGGAGGCAAGGAGCUCUCUGGCUUGGAUCGUGGGACGGUAGCAGCCGCUCGUGCAGCUGGGUUUUUCGAGGAGAGUCUGAGGGAAAUGUCAAAGCUCAUCGGGGCGAAGCGGGCCCGAGUCGAGGAGAACCCGAUCCCGGAGGCCUUGGAAGAGGACGAGGGCGGAGGCAUCCUCGACGACUUGGCGGAGGAGCCCGAGGCGCUGGAGGAGAUUGCCGAGCAAGACGGCAACACCUUGAUGCAGACGGCGGUGGUGCAGCUCACGAAGCUGGUGAGCAACAUGGCUCUGGACAAGGCAAAGAAGAGCUCCGAUUUGGAGACGAUGCUGGACCAGACUGGGAGCAGCGCCGCAUCUGGAGACAGCGCCUUCGGUGGGGCUCGGAAAAGCCACGCUACAGCGCUCCGAGCGCUGACCAAAGCUUUCAACGACAGCCCGAGGCUGAUUUACGAGUCCAUCGAAGGCCAGAUGGUCAAGGACUUCGGGCAGACACCUGCCGCGCUGAGUACAGGAGUUUGCUCGGCCCGAGCUUGGCUUUGCAGCCGUUCUCGCUUGGGCAGCUCCCAGAACCGUGUCCGCUGGAGCUGGCAAGUGGGGGGCAUCCUCGACGACCUGGCGGCCGGGGAGACAGAGCGCGCCAGAGCAAGGGCUGCGCUUCUACUCGCAGCGGCGGACCAAGCGAGCAUUGACGGAGGCAGCUGGGUGGUGUCAACGGUCUCGCUCCUGGAGCCUCUGCCCCCUUAUCAGGAGUUCUCGAAGCACAUGCUGCCAGGCCCGAGCGAGAGUCAGGUCAGUGCACUCUACGACCCCAGGUGGGCAGAGAUCUUCCUGAGAAGCCUCAAGGAGCGGGAGAGCUACAACGAAGCGAAGAAGAAGCUUCAAGCAGCGGAACGCGGCCGUGGACAUGCAGGGGCCAAAGCACAGAAGAUCCACCUGGAGGCCAGCCGCCCAAAGGCAAAGGAAACGGAGGCAAAAAGUCGGAAGGCCUACCUGGAAGAGCAGGACGAGAUCCCGUUCAGCAUGUACCCGGCUCCUGUGUUGGACCUGUAG